AAAGUGACCCCAGGAUUUGGGAUGAGGGACCCCAGACAUGUGCAGGGGUGUGCUGACCAGGAGAACCUCCCUUCCCCCUUGGAUGACCGCACUGCCCUCCCCAGUCCCUUACUGAGAAAUCCUCCCAGUGUCACCUCAGUGUCCCCUCUGUGUCCCCCAGUGUCCACACUGCUCCCUGUGGCCUCUCCCCUCCAUGACCCUCCUGGUUCUCACCCUGGCACUGCUGGCAAUGACCAUGACCACCGAGGGUAUAGCAACAAAGCCCCUGGACAUGACCCCGGACUCCUUCGAUGACCAGUACCAGGGCUGUGGCCCUGCCAUGGAGGAGGCAUUGCCGGGCCUGAAGCGCUCCGAGUUGCAGAUGAAUCCUCUGUUCGCCAAGGUCUGGCUAAAGGCUGUGGCAGAGUGGAUGAUAGCGGGGUCCCCUGUGUCCCCUCUGUCGUCCCCAGAGCAGGCCAUCGCCAUCAUGGCCUCUGGGUCGCCUCAUCUGCACGACUAUUUCAAUGUGAACGUGAGCGUUGUCGGGCGCUCCCCCCAGGAAUUCCGGGACAAUUUCCACUUCAAAGCGCUGCAUUUCCUGCUGUCCAAAGCCGUGGCCACACUGAGGGCUGCUCAGGGGCAGAAAUGUCAGAGUGUGUUCCAUCUGGCAGACUACAAGUUCUAUGCAAAUCCUGGUGACAUCAUUCGGUUCGAUCAAUUUACACAGUCGUGGGGCGCCAUUGGUGACAGUGAGUCAGCCGCCACGGUGUUCAAGGUGCAGACGUGUCAUGGCGCGGACAUCAGCACAUUCUCUGGAGCUCCCAACCGUCUUACAGUGCUGAUCCCACCCUAUGAGAAGUUCAAGGUCACCAACAUCAAUGAUCAUAUGGGGAAGGUGGAGAUAAGCCUUGAAUCCGUCGGGACCUACAGCAAACACAACUGCGAGUGGCUGGGAGGUGGAAGCAUCCCCAGGACCCCUGGCCGGCUCGGAGGACUCCUCCUGGCCACCACAGCCCUGGCAGUGGCCACCGGGAUCCUCUGAACCACGAGGCCACCAAGGUCACCAUGGCCACCAUGGCCACCUGAGGGCGGCAGGAAAGAAGAGACGGUGUCUCCAUGCUGUGCUUGCGUUAGGUCAUGAAGCCGUUUAUUGACACACAAAGCAGAGUUUAUACACUUUUUCAGCAAUUGCUAAAAACAGUGCACCAAUAACAUUCCUGUAACCAGGUUCCAUUGCUCACUCGUAACUAAAUAACAUUGCUCCAUCUCUGCCUCGCUUUAAGCUAACCAGGUACACGCAGUAAUUCCCGGGAUUCCCCACUAAGCUGCGCACUCAGCACCUCGGACAGAGCACUUUCUCAUCUCUUACAUUCCUUCUUCAAAAUCCCGCUUACUCUUGCCACGGCUUGUGGCUGCUGUGGCCAGCACAUCCUUGUCGGUUGUGACGAGCUGAGCAGCGCUCGCAGUUCUGCUCUCUGGUUGUAUUCCCACAUCUCCUCCUUUCUGUUCCACCAAUAGGAUUCGCUUUGUUGAUUUAUCAAUCAGUCUCUGAACACAUUGCAAGACACAAAGCAAACGUAUUGCUAGAAGGAACAACAUAGCUGAAAUAUAAAAUCCUGUUUUCACAAAAUGCUUAAUCCAGCCAGUGAGUCCCCAUCCUCUGAGUGUGUGUCCAUGUUGGAGUCAGUGAGACAAGGGCCUGCCUGAAUCCUUCAGGCAGAAGCCAGAGUGCAGGAAUUGAAUUAAAGCCCUUGGAUGGAUUGAAACAUGUUAAGCCACCCACACGUAGAACGGGAGUUUAGGUAAAAGAAUAAGUUUGAGUAAAAGGUUAGAUGUAAGUUUCAGUUUUAGGAUAAAUAAGUAAGUAAAUCAGUAAGUCAGUAAGUUUCAGUGAGAGCUGUAGUGUUUUUAGUGAGUAAAAGCUGCAGAUACCAGAGUAGAAGAACAAGUUCUAGUAAAGGGUAACAAACACACUGAUGUUUUCAGUAGAGACUCCAGAAGCUCCUUGCUAGACUCUACUUAGACAAAACAGAACUCCAGUGAGAAUAUUGCUCACAUUUUUCAGAUAGAACAAGAUCGAUCAUAUACGUAGUUUAUAUGUAUUCUAGCGUGUUAAGAAAUUGGAAUUCUCAUAGGUUGAGUGGUUGUGGUUUGAAUUUAUGUGUUAGUUUGUUGGAAAAAUCCUAUAUAAGGUUAGGUACCAGGGAGAGUUAGUGCUUUAUGCCAUUGCUUUUUGCCAUUACUUUUUGCUUUUUCCACUGCAUUUUUGCCAUUCCUUUUCUGUGCCUGCCAGCGUCUCCAGCACCCGAGAAGAAGAUCGGAGCUCCAGCGACAACACCAGCCUCUCUGGGACACCAGGGAUGGCUCCUGCUUUGUUUGGGACUUUAUGCUAAAACAUAGCAUGGACUUUAACGUCUGUGACUGUGCCUUUGGAGAAUGUUGUGCUUUUACAAUAAAAAACCUUUUUCGCAA